GGACGUCCAUAUUUCAGAUUUUCUCGCUGCUUUCAGGUCGUCACAAAUUGUGACUGCCUUCUGUGAAAGAGCUCGAGCAAAGACUGUUGGAGUGGAAUUUUGUCAUGAGAGCAGCACUGGUCUGAGCACUGCUGAAUAUUGAGUUCGAUGAUUUCUCUUGUAAUUGAAUCUAGAAGUAGGUAGCUCAUAUGUAAUUGAGAGAAAUAGCCGAAGUCUGCUGAUAGCAGUUUCUGAAAAUCUGUAGGAAGAUUUGUUCCGCUCAUCUACUAAAUCUCUGCCAGAUUUCAAAGUCUGGAGUUUCGCAAUUUGAGGGUUGAGAAUUGAAUGAAAUUGAGAAAAAGACUGUUCUCGACCAUUGGCUUUCAGAAAAGCCCAGCUCUCUCAAAUCUGGACCUCUGCUUUUAAACCUUGCAAUGGCAACCGUUUGUUGCUCAGCUCUAUCUUACGGUAUCCUACAAGUACCUUACGCUCGGCAGGAAGGAACAGUUGAGAUUCAAGCUUUAUCGCGAAGCUCCGGUGUUUUUGCUGAGGUCGACGGUGCUCAGAAGUAUUUGCGAGGUCAGCGUUCUGCACGGUUUCGUCUACAAGAGAGGAAGAACACAGUGUUCUGUAAAGCUAUGCAAGGAGAAUCACCAUCGGAGUCUAAUUCAACCAUCCCAGAGUACAAAGCUGGGCCAUUGGAUGACCUUUUUUUCAAAAUAUUUCGGCAGAAAAUGGCCGAGGAGGUUGGUUGGAACUCGGACAUACCUGGAUAUGAUGGUCUCAUUGAAGUUGUCAAGUAUCUGUACACAAGGAAUACUUCCAAAGAGGCCACAGAAGCAUCAACGGUACGUGUAUUGACAUCUCUGUUUCCAGGUUGGCUACUUCCGUUAUUUCGACAGUUAAUUGCACCAAUUUCUGAUGGAAAGGUUGCAGCUAUUAUGACUGCGUUUGUUACUCAGGCAACUUGUCAGUGGUUGAUGGGGCCCUGCACUGUUAACGAAGUUGUUCUUGCGGAUGGUUCCACCCAGCUUAGUGGGGUUUUUGUUCAUAAAUGCAAGUACUUGGAAGAGAGCAAAUGUGCAGGCAUUUGCACUCACACUUGCAAAAUCCCAACUCAGACGUUUAUGAAGGAGAAGAUGAGUGUACCCCUGUCGAUGGAGCCAAACUUCAAUGAUUAUAGCUGUCAGUUCAAGUACGGCGUUGCCGCUCCUCCAAGGGACGAAGAUCCUGGCCUCUUAACACCAUGUUUAUCAAUCUGCCCAACGGCGGCUACGAGAUCGUCUCUGAGGGGCUAUGUCCCUACAGAGCAAUGUCCUCAGGUCUGACAAUACCCCUCGCAAGUGGACACCAUAUCAACUGCGUCUUUGCGGGUGUAGCUUAAUCUCAAUAUGAGAUUAAGCUACAGUUUGAAAUAUGAUGUGAAGUGAAGUCGAAUUGAGAACAGGAUCAGUUCAUGUGCUGCACUUUAGGGUCGGAGGAGGUCGUGUAUAUUACAUCAUCUGCAAGAAAGUGUUUUUCUCCAGAGCAAAUAAAGUCCGUGGUAUUGGAAAGUCCCUGAUUUUAAGGAUCGAGUGCAUGAUGAAAUGUGAGAAGCUGACGUGGAACUCAUCACCUCAUGAUUUCGAACACACUUUUGUUACGAUUUAGUGCCGGAGCCCGGGUCGGACCCAACAAUAUCCACUACUGAUGGAACUCCUUAGGUGCCUUGAGUAUUUCAACAUAGCGAUUGAAAUAGCCGAGCCUUGCACAGUGCUUAGUGGAGAGAAUUUGGAUUUGGAGAGAAUUUUUACGGUACGCGUGUCUCAUAACACGAAAUAAUCGAAUGAAGAAUUUCACUUAUAACGAAGUGAUUCUGUCCAGCUCAGAACAGAUGCGUUGCCAAGUAGCUUUGAGUUUGCAUGUUAGAGGCAACUAAGGACGCGGAUAUAAGCUGGGCAAGCACGAUCCACUCACCGGAUACUUAUCACGGAAAUAUAUGCAGGAGUCACACACGAGUGCAGCAUUUUCUCCAAGCGGAGAUGACUUUCACAUUGAGACUAAUUUGCUUCCUCAAACGUUCAACUUAGUAUCCUCGUGACUGUCGUAGUUGGUGCAGUUAUUAUGAUGGUUUUUGUAA